GUGUCAGACUAUAUUGGAGGGAGAGACAACAACAGCCCAAAAGUGGAUUAAGAGACCCAUCAGCAGCGUCACAGAAAGCGCAUCUCUCAACUGGAGCGCAUCAUCUCUCUCAGCUCGACACCUUUCUCACAUUCGAGUCUUCAACCACACACUCAUUGCGCUGUAAGUUGAGGGUGUAACGCCUAUAAAUGUAAUUUAACCUCGAAAUAUCCAGACGAAAUGGUUUCAAGGCGGAUUGUUCUUGAUUUUGGAUGGAGGCAGCCGGACACCUCCCCAUAGUUGGUGAAACAGAGCGGCAGAAGAGUUCCCGCGUCUCGGAUUCAGGACUACAGUAUCUGCUGAAUUGACUCGACAUCUCUGUAUUAGAGGAAUUAGCCACACUCAAAAGCGUUAAAAUUAGGCAAUUGUGGAUAACAUAGCCUACUACAUAACACUGCUUGUACCGUGAAAGCGAUGGGUUGCUGAGACCUGAACUACACCACCAGGUGCAUCUGUUUAAUUCAGUCGUUGACAGUCUGAGUGGAUAACAUCAAUUAAUGUUGCAGAAUGUGUUACUCUCUUUUUGGACUUAUUGCAUCUAUUAAAAAAUUUGUUUGGGACCACACCGGAUGAAAAAGAGUGUUGCGAUAAAUUAUCCGAAUCGAAAAGCAGCAAGUCUCGGAGCUAUACUGUAGGAGAUCUUCAUGUAUGUGCUGUGAUUAAAUCAGACGAUAUCUGAUAGAUUGCUUGGCGUCUUAUUGACAGUGUUGAAGUCACGCAGCGGCUGGAAUACAAGAAUAAAUGAACCUGAGUGGACAGACAGAGAUUUAACAAUAUCCAUCAUGUUUAAUCGGGGCUGUGGGCUGGAGUUCCUACUGGUACUCUGUGGGCUGGAGUUUUCCUGGUCCUGUCCACGUCACUGCAUUUGCUACAUGGCCCCCAGCACUGUCAGCUGCCAAGCCCACAACUUUCUAUCAGUCCCAGAAGGCAUUCCUCCACACAGCGAACGCAUCUUCCUUCAAAACAACAAGAUACAUCGACUACUACGGGGCCACUUUAGCCCAACCACAGUCACUCUGUGGAUGUACUCCAACAACAUCACAUACAUUGAACCAUCCACCUUUCAGGGGUUCACCUUGCUGGAGGAGCUGGACCUGGGAGACAAUCGCUACCUGCGUUCACUCUCUGCAGAAACCUUUCAUGGGCUGGGCCGGCUCCAUGCCCUCCAUCUAUACCGUUGUGGCCUCAGCGCACUGCCCAAUAACAUCUUCCAGGGUCUCCGCAACCUCCAGUACCUUUACCUGCAGGACAACCAUUUGGAGUAUCUGCAAGAUGAUCUUUUUGCGGAUUUACAUAAUCUAAGCCACCUGUUUCUACAUGGGAACCGUCUGUGGAGCCUGCACCAGAACACAUUUCGAGGGCUGGGGGCUUUGGACCGACUGCUUUUGCACCACAACCAACUGCAGUGGGUCGACCGGCUGGCAUUCCACGACCUGCGGAGACUCACUACCCUCUACUUGUUCAACAACUCCCUGACAGAGCUAGCUGGAGAGUGCCUGUCCCAGCUGCCUGCCCUGGAGUAUUUACGCCUCAACGAUAACCCCUGGGAGUGCGACUGUAAGGCUUUAUCACUGUGGGACUGGCUCAAGAAGUUUCGGGGUUCCACAUCAUCCGUUGGAUGUGUGGCACCGACAGAUAUGGCAGGCAAGGAUCUUAAGCAACUGAAGAAAGAGGACUUCCCCAACUGUUCUGGAUCCGAGUCCCUACACCAGAGCAAGGCCAAGACUUGGGCAGGAACGGAUAAAGUCUCGCUGAAACAAGAGCCCCAUUCUGUCCAGCCUCCACAGACACAUCCCCACCAAAAUGAACAAUACCCCUCAGCACCCUCACCCCUGCCUCAGCCACCCCCUGCCAUAAACGGUGCAGGACCAGAAAGCACCCCAGGGAUAGAGCCUGCUCAGAGGCCUGGACGGUCUCGGAACUGCACACGUCAACGCGUCAGGGGCAGCAAGGGAAAAGUACCCAACGAGGUCCACACGCUUAAGGAAAUGGCCGAUAAGGAGUACUCCUCCCCGGAUUUCACCGGAAAAUAUGAUGAAACAUCAUCGGAUGCUUCAAACACCCGCAGGAAGCACAAAUGCACCACCCAGACCUCUGUGCGUCCCCCCAGCGGGGUCCAACAGGCAACCAACAGGGGGAGCUCUCAUUAUCUGCCUCUGUUUAUCUCUAGAAUUCUGGGACUGUUUUUGCUUCUAAGCACUGAGAUGAUUCUGCGCUGAAGCGGAUGCUGGGCCUUCACGGCAUAAGAAAUACUGUACAGUCCUCAGAUCUGCUCUAGCUCCAGCAUUAUCAGGCCUACUCAAGUGUGAGUGUGUGUAACGUUUGUGUGAGUGUGUGAGUGAUGAAGUGUUAUACAUUGUGAUAGGAGAUUUGCCAUUUAGACCUAAAUUAAGUUAACACGUGGGUUGGAGUACAUGAAGAAAAGCAAAGCAAACUGGACGCUUGCACUGCCACUUUGGUUUUUAUGUUUUUCACUACCUGUUGGCCUGGUCUCCCCUUCAAAUUGAAAAAGUAUUUGAAUGAAAGAAAGCACAAAAAACCAAAUAAAUGUGUACAUUUCUAAGUACAAAACAAAAAGAAACCAUCAAAUAAGGAGAAUAUUGCUAAUUCAACAAGACACAUUGUUUUUUUGUUUAAAGGCGCUCUAAGCGAAUCUGUGAGAUGUCACCUCUUGUUGACGUUCGAAGUGUUGUCAAACAAAACGGAGCGUAGCUAACUCCUCCCCUCCAUUCCGUGCUUUCUGAACGAGUCAUGAACGCGCCCAACCCCCACUCCCAAAUCCUUCUUGUUGUUUAUUGGCUGGAACACUUUGUUAUGUUUCCUGGUGGUAGGUUUGAUCACUUUGUUUUUGUUGAAGUUUGCGGAGCUUGGGCUGUCUACAGAGACCGCGUUUUUUUACAGUGUAUUCAGAGGACAGGCAGCUAGCAGAUAGUGAGGAGAUGUUUACUGUAUGAAACAAACAAAAAAAAAACGUGUGAAUUCGCUUAGAGCCCCUUUUAAUAUAUAUAACAUUGCCAAAUAUUUAACAAGACCAUCAUUAGGAUUAAAGUCCUGUUUUUAAUAUGCUGGAGUGGGAAUAUUACCUGACUGCACUGAAUGACAUAAAAUCAAACCAAGCAUCAUAAACAACAAAACAAAAUGUUGUAAUCAGUGCUCUUAAAACUGAAGAGCAAAUAUAAAAGCACAUCAAAUUAUUCUUACCUCAGCCGAAAAGUUUAUACCUAGAUACCACCUUUUAUUCUCUUUCGUUUUCAUCCCCUUAACUUCUUGUUAUGCCCAAAAAAGAGGUGAAUCUUUUAUUUUGGAUUGUAUUGUUUUAUAACAGCACAAAAAAGCCAAUGGUUAUACUAGCUGCUAUAUUGUUUAAAGAAGCAAAUGAGACCCAUCUGACCUCAUCUGCUUCAAAAAACACAGUGUAUGCCUCCGUGCGUGCCUGCGUGUGUGCGUCCAGUAUAAAAAGCUAUGAAAAAAUUAGAGUCGUGUUUGUUUCUUGUCCUCUGUGUUGUUUGUUUUGUUGGGCUGUGACUCAGAGGACUUAGAAAUGGACUUCUGAUGGGGGCACGGACUCGUGUGGGGAACACAGGUCUAAUUGAAAUGAACUUUAUUUUGACAAAGCGCCUUCAGUCUAAGCCCACCAUCGAAAACAUAGACGCCUCUCUUUCUUUGAGCGGUAAAUAAUCAAGCAAGAUGAAAGCGAGAAAAAACAAACAACUAUAAAGGUAUCUUGUGAUGAUAUAUAUAUACACAUUUCAAAUUUAACAUGGCCAAAAAAAGACUUUUUGGAGCCAUAGGCCUGCUGAAUUGCUUCUUCAGUGUCUGAAUAGUCCACAGGAGGGACGAUCACUUGGCAAACACUGGGGACACAAUAUGGAUGCUGAGGAGAACUGCUCCUCCUGUACCAAUACACACUUUGUACAAAUAAGGAGAACCGUAUCGUCACAAUCCGCAAUGGAAAUAUUAAACAGUACUAUGACACUGACAUCAUUAAUGACAUUUUUGAUUACAACAGGGUUUCCGAAUCUCUGAAGAGCCUCUCUUCAGAACUCAAGUAUAAUUUUUUAUUGUUAUUUUUAUUUUACCUUUUAUUUUGAACUUUUGUUUAUAUAUUUAUUUGGGAUGUCCCUAGGGCACCAUUUUUUCUGACUAAACUGCACAAAACAAUUUCCUCUCCUCUCUCUCUCUUCUGUGUCUCUCCAUCCUAGUGAUUCGAUGGUUUAACAAGUUGUUCUAAAAAAAAGGAAAACAUUUAUAAAGAUAUUAAAAUCUAUAUCUUCUUAUGUUAAA